UACAGACCUCGCUCGCUCACACAGAUAGAGCACGGAACGGAAUCUGACUUCACUCGCAAAGCUGUGCGUCGCUCAAUACAAAGACCAACAAUCUGAAUCGGCAGUCACCCGGGACGCACUGUGAAGUUACAAACGGCACACGUUGAUUCGCCGACAUUUUCUCGCUCAUAAGGAAUAAUCGCUGUCACCUGUUAAAGACGCAAAAGGAUGUAUCUCGGAAAGGAAUUAUUUUUGGUGCUUGGGGUUUCCACGUUGCUCCUCAGAACAGUAACAGGUUCUUUCCCAACCGCUAAGGAUGUGACUUGGACAUCUAUAAACUUUAAAACGAUGCUUUCGUGGAGUCCGAAACCUGUUGAUUAUUCAUACACCGUGGAAUUUUCAGCUUUGGGACAGGACAAAGAAAGAAGUCCGUACUGCAUCCAGACGUCCGAGACAGAAUGCGACCUGACUCAGCAGUUGAAGGACAUAAGGGCCACAUAUACAGCGGACAUUCUCUCGGAAGCAGUGCGGGGAGCGACGUCCGACCUGGUGGAGUUUCCCUACACGCGUUCCAAAAAGUUCUGUCCAUACAAAGAGACAAUCAUCGGCAAACCAGAUUUCCAAUUCAAUGUAAGCAAGGACGGAAGAAAGGUUUCCAUCAGUGUGAUUGACCCGAUCACUGCCCUCUUCAACGACAUGAACCAGCCCCUGAACAUUCGAGAGGUGUUCGGAGAGGAUCUGCAAUACCGUGUCAUGUACCAGAGGGCUGGGAGCACAGGCAAGAAAUAUGAGACCACAUCAACAAAUGACAUUGAGCUGACCCGCCUGGACAAGGGGGAGAGUUACUGCAUUCAGGUGCAGGCCUGGAUCCCGUCCCGAGGCUAUGGCAUGGAGGAAGGGUCUUUCAGCGACACCAAGUGCACGCCUGGGGAGAAGGGCAUUGAGUACAGCCCUGCUGUGAUUGCCGGGACCAUUGGCACCCUCCUGGUCAUCGUCAUCGUCAUCAUCGUUGUGGGGGUAGUGUGCUUCAGGCGACGACAGAAAGACGUGGUGUGAGGACCACAUGCUGUACGUGUGUGUGUGUGUGUGUGUGUGUGCGCCUGCGUGCGUGCGUGUGUGUGUACGCGUGUGUGUGUGUGUGCGUGUGUACGUGUACGUGUGCGUGUGUGUGAUGGGUGUCAGUCUUUAUACGUUAGAUCUGUCUCGUCAAACGCUCAGAAUUUUGCACAACUUGGCUGAACUGGCUCCGCUCGAUUCCAAGGCGCCGCCGGAGCCAUCUUCAGUUCAACAUUCCACUGUCAAACACUGGAAUCUGGCCUUCUGGUUUCCGUGAAACUAUUCCUGUACAUGUGCUAGACAUAUGAUUUAGCAACAAAUCAGUAUGCUGAAAGUGUUUUUUUAUUUUAUUUUAUUUAAAAUUGUUUUGGUGUGGGGAUUGGUACUUUUAACUAUCUACUGUUGGGUUAGCGGACUUCCUUUUUUUAAAAAUGAAUCAACGUAAGCACUACCGUAUUUUUAUUCCAAGUAUAUAUAAUAUAUUUAUUAGAUUUUUUUAACUUUCUAACUUGAGUUUUAUUUGGGACCUUGCUGGGUGAAUCAUGGGAGCUGUGUACAUGAAAAUGUGAUGUAUAGACUACUAUAUUUUUUAAUAUAAAGUUUGAUAUUUUAUUUAUUUUUUUAGGCUUUGCAGAAUAUUUGUAUUAAGGUGGGAAUUUAAUAUGCUUAUUCAAAUCAUAAAUUCAUAUCGCUGAUGAAAAUACACAUUAUUUCAUUUUUAUUGUGAAUGACAACACUAGCCAUGGUUUGAAACGAACAUAAUAUUGUGAGCUGUAAACAUUCUUGUUACACAUUGAAGCAUCAAAGUGGCAAUACUACUGAAGUAUUCCUUUGGAUUAUGGUACUAAUCCUGGAUUACUGGUACUUUUGUAGUUUUACUUUUCUACUGAAAAAUAAAGACAUUUUUAAUUUCACAAA